AUGGAGAGGGCCCUCGAACCCUUGGACAUUGUGAAAUUUAGCAAUCUGCGCGAGCAGCAAAAGCGUUUACAAGAAAUUCCUCGAGAAGAUAUCAAAAAAAUAGUUGACGCUAUUAUAGAUCGCGGUGUCCACUUAAUUGAAAGUGACGUUAAUCAUGUAUUCUUCUACAAAAAUCCCUAUUAUAUAUCAAAGCAUGCUGACGUCAAGGAAAAGCUCGCGGUGAAGUCAAUUAGUGAGCAGACAGGCUCCUCAUUCGAUAGUUCCACUGAGGAAUCGGACGCAGAAGAAGAGGAAGACGGAGCAACCUUUCAAGAAGAAUGGAUUACAAUUGGAAAUUUUGACUUUGUUACGGCGAUACAUCAACUAACGGCGUUUGUCGAAAAAUGGGAAUUGACGCCUGCAACUAAAUUCGUCGUCAUUGCCCAAGAGUUUGCAGAGGAGGUUAAACCGUUUGGUCACCGGUAUUUUGCCGAAAUACAUUUUUCUAAGCCUACUCCCAAAUGUCCAAAUCCUUUGGCAGCCGCCAAAUUGUAUUUCCACAUAAAUAUCUGUUCGUACUUGCCUCCGUUUUAUCCAAUUAUGAUUACUUACAAAUUCGAGGGCUUCAAAACGAUGUACUAUGCCGUUGGCGAACGGAAACUUAGUUCAAAUAAAUUUCAACGUUACCUAAUUGACUCUAUUUUGCACAUGAAAUUGGCCUUCUACGCCGAGCUCUGGGAUUGUCGCAACCCCUUAAAGCCGCUUGAGAAGCGUAAAAAGAGUGGCUUCUAA